AUGUCGGAGGCUCAGGCGGUUUGGCCGCCGGAGACCAUGGCGUCAUUCACGCGGGACCACCACGUCUACCCACGUGGCUCGGAUUACAACGAACAACAACACUAUCCAUAUCCGUACGUCUUCCAACAGCCGCUAAUUGCAAACAACGAAGCAGCCGUUCCACAGCCCAAUCCCACUCCGCAAUAUCAACCGCAACAGUUUGACCCUCGUGCACUCCUCAAUCCUAAGUCGGUAUCAAAACGCUCGGCAGCGGAACAGGACGCAGAACGUGGCCGAGAAAUUGAGAACGGCCAACAGCUCCCGGGUCAAGUAUCGCUGGUUGAGCGUUUGCACAACGUGCAUGAGCGCACCGCUUCACCGGCGAAGAAAGUCAAAACUGAAGACGAUCACAAGAAAAAGAACCGCUCGCCAGCGAGUUUCGGCGCAGGGGCGCUAGAUUUGAAGAAACAGAGCAACGGAAAACCUCAAGUUCCACAGCCUAACCUCGCCAUCGACCUCACAAUGAGCGACGAUGAAGAUGUUGACGUUCAGAUUGUCCAGGACAACUCAAACGAAGUGAUAUGCAUUGGCCGCAUCCGAUCUAUCUACAUUCAGGCACAUCGAGUGCCGUUCCCGGACCCCAAGAAGCACCAAGGCAACUAUGGACAGCAGAGCCGCAUCAGAAUCUCCUUUCGACGCGGUGGCGGCGACCGGAGCAAUGCCGUGAUCAUGGCUGUAGACGCCUCUGGUAGGGAAUUUGGUCGGAUCGACCUCAAGACUGCACCAAGUCUCGCUCCGCUCAUGGACAACGCAAAGUCCACAGGCAUGAAGUGGUCAGCUUGGACGGAACCGCGCCGCAAGACGCCCAACGAGGGACCGCCGGGCUCACCCAUUAGCGCACUUCUGAACAUGACGUUUCAGUUGUAUUGCCCACGCAAAUACGCACGAGAUCUUGGAAACCACCUCUAUAAGUGCAAGGUAUUACUCGAUGAUCCGCUGUAUGAGAUUGAGCGCUGCGACUACUUCAAUCCUCAAACCCACAAGCAGUGGAGCAAGGGUGACACUGCGCAACCCACAUUCGAAGCGCCACGACCUAACUACCCUGCCUAUGUCUUACGAUCGGUUGACGAGAUUCGCACUGAUGUGCAGAACAUGUUCGACACUAUUGGCGAAGUCGAAGAACUGCCGGUCAGAGAGCCUUCUGCGACUGUUCAAACACCACUUUAUAAGCACCAAAAGCAAGCACUACAUUUCCUCUGGGACAAGGAGCAGCUGUGGGAUGCCGAGGAUGCCGAUAAGCGGAAAGACUCACUGUGGCAGCCGAAGUUUCGAGAUAACGGGCGCAAGUACUACACCCAUGUCAUCACUGGGUCAGAACAGCCUUCCCGACCUCCGGAAUGCCGUGGUGGCAUCCUAGCCGACGAGAUGGGACUUGGAAAGACGCUCAGUAUACUGUCCCUGGUUGCCGACGAUGACUCUAGGCAAGCUGCUGCCAUAUUCCAACAGAAGAAGCCUUCAGUUAAUCCGCAUUCAAUGGUUCACCCGACCAUCAACUCACGCGGAACAUUACUUGUAUGCCCUCUCAGUACCAUGUACAACUGGAAGGAUCAGCUGGAGCGACAUUUCCCUCCCGGACGAGGCCUCAAGUGGAUCAAUUAUCAUGGCAAGUCUCGCGCAUCCUACUCACCGCAAGAACUCGCCGACCAUGAUCUCGUCAUCACCACCUACAACAUGAUCUCGGCCGAUUAUGCUGAGAAGUCUGUACCUCUUCCAAGGGUCAACUGGUUCCGCAUCGUAUUGGACGAAGCGCAUGCCAUCCGGAAUACUAGCACCAAGCAAUCAAUUGCCGCUUGCACUUUGCCGGGUCAGCGAAGGUGGGCUGUGACCGGUACGCCUGUACAGAACCGACUUGAUGACCUCGGGGCUUUGUUCCGUUUCAUCCACUUGCAACCCUUCGACAACACGACGGGCUUCAAUCAGCAUAUUCUGUCCCCGUUCAAGAAUGCAGACCCUGACGUCGUUCCGCGACUGCAACUUCUUGUCAGCUCUGUGACCCUCCGAAGGGUCAAGGAGAAGGUGCUUGAGAUCGAACUGCCUUCUCGCACAGAUCAAGUCGUUAGACUCAAAUUCGCCAGAGACGAACAGAAGCUGCAUGACUGGUUCGAGGCGGACUCGUCUCGGAAGGUCCAGGCCGUCACAUCCGGAGACAAGAUGGGUGGCAAGUCUUACGCUCGUAUUCUUACAGCAAUCACCAACCUCCGACUCAUAUGCGCGCACGGUCGCGACCUUUUGAACGAGGAGGCGUUGAAACUAACUGACGGCAUGACCUACGAUAACCCGAUGGAAAUUGCCGACGACGACUGCACUGAUGCAGCUACAAUCAAUCGGCACCAGGCGUACGACAUGCUUGAGUUGUUCCGGCAGAUAGACAGCGACGAUUGUGCGUAUCCUGAUUGCCGGACCAAGCUCGCUUCUCAAGACGCCGAUGAGGAUGAGGAGGACGAUGCGAAGGCUGACGUCUCUGGUGCCAUGACAUCUUGCUACCACAUCGUGUGCGCGAAGCACACCCGAGCCUUCCGACAGGAACUUCAAACUACUAUGCAGGACGGCCUAUGCACUUGUCCUUUCUGCGAUACCCGAAUCACACCUAUCUUAUUCGAGCUGAGGAAGUCGGAUUAUGCAGCGUACAUGCAGGAGCAGGAGCGGUUGAAGCGGGAUCCCAAGCUGGCGAAGAAGAUUGGCGCCUAUAACGGACCUUCUACCAAGACGAAGGCGCUGCUGGAGGACCUUGCUGAGCAUCGGGCGUGGAGCGAGGCCAAUCCGUCUGAGGCUCCCAUCAAGAGCGUUGUCUUCUCAACAUGGACUACGCACCUCGACCUCAUCGAGAUAGCCCUCACUACUAAUGGCCACACAUACGUCCGCCUCGACGGCCGCAUGCCCCGCGAAGCACGCAACCGCUCCCUUGAAGCCUUCGACAAGGACGACUCGGUUACCAUCAUUCUCGUCUCCAUCGGCGCCGGAGGCCUCGGUCUCAACCUCACUAAAGCGAAUAAAGCGUUUGUCAUGGAGCCGCAGUUUAACCCUGCUGCUGAGGCGCAAGCUGUCGACCGUGUGCACCGCUUGGGUCAGACGCGGCCGGUCACGAUCAAGCGAUUUAUUAUGGAGAACAGCUUUGAAGAGAAGAUGCUGGAUUUGCAGCGCAAGAAGAAGGCGUUGGCGGAUUUGACCAUGGCGAGGGAGAAGAGUACCAAGGAGCAGGCGGCGAAGCAGAGGCUGGAGGAUUUGAGAUCGCUAUUUAGGUGA